UACAACCUAUUACAACUUCCUGUCGGCUGGUACAGCAAGUGACAGUUAGUCGCCCUGUCUCUCGCUCGUUACACAUUUUGGCCAAAAUAAUAGCCUUUAGCCGGAUAGUAAUACUUGAUUUAAUAUUUGUGUCGCUGUCUUCCGUCUGUCCGUCACCAAAAUGCCGACAACAUUUGAGCUGUGUCCCGGCAGGAUGAUCGGAGGCUCCCAGCCGUGCUUCAUCAUCGCUGAGAUUGGACAAAACCACCAAGGAGACAUUGAGAUCGCUAAGAAAAUGAUCAAAGUGGCAAAGGACUGUGGCGCCGACUGUGCCAAGUUCCAGAAGAGUGAACUGGAGCACAAAUUCAACAAGCGAGCAUUGGAGCGGCCUUACACCUCCAAACACUCCUGGGGCAAAACCUACGGCGAACACAAGCGCCAUCUAGAGUUCAGUCAUGAGCAGUACAGAGAGCUGCAGAAAUAUGCCAAGGAGGUCGGAAUUUUCUUCACCGCCUCAGGAAUGGAUGAGAUGGCAGUGGAGUUCCUCCAUGAGCUCAAUGUGCCAUUCUUCAAAGUCGGCUCUGGAGACACCAACAACUUCCCUUAUCUCGAGAGGACCGCUAAGAAAGGCCGUCCCAUGGUGGUGUCCAGCGGGAUGCAGUCCAUGAAGACAAUGCGUCAGGUCUAUCAGACGGUGAAACAGCACAACCAGAACUUCACCAUCUUGCAGUGCACCAGCGCCUAUCCUCUGGAGGCGGAGGAUGUCAACCUCAGAGUCAUCACGGAAUACCAGAAGGAAUUCCCUGAUAUUCCCAUUGGAUAUUCCGGCCAUGAAUCUGGGAUCAGUAUUUCAGUGGCGGCUGUAGCUCUCGGGGCCAAGGUGCUGGAGCGGCACAUUACCUUGGACAAGACCUGGAAAGGAAGUGAUCACGAAGCGUCCCUGGAGCCGUCAGAACUGGCAGAACUGGUGCGGUCAAUCCGAUUGGUGGAGAGGGCAGUCGGCACCGGCCUGAAGCAGAUGCUACCCUGUGAGAAGCCAUGCCACGAUAAGCUGGGUAAGUCAGUGGUGGCCAAGGUGCAGAUCCUCAGAGGAACCGUCCUGACUCUGGAUAUGCUGAUUGUGAAAGUGGCUGAACCCAAGGGCGUCCCGCCAGAGGAGAUAUUCCAGCUGGUUGGUAAGGCUGUGACGGAGGACAUCGAGGAGGAUGAGAGCAUCACACCGGAGAUGGUGGACAGCUACGCCAAAAAGGCCAAGUGCUGAGGACGGUGCUGCAUUUGUCAUACGGCUCAAAAGGGUUGAAACUGCACUUAAAGAUAAGAUGAAGGUUUUGUGAUUUCGGUGGGGAAACUUUGUCGGGAAUGAGAUCAAGAUGACACAUACAGUACAGCAGUGUCAUGGUGAUCCCCUUCAGUGCAGCUCAGAUCUCUGACAUUGGAAGCAAAUGGAAAUGUCACACAGAUGUUAACACAGCUGAUGUUUAGUCUAAUGAUGCCCUGGUAACAAUUCACAACAUGUAACCCUUGCUGUCCACAACCCAUUUAUUUAAUUUCCCCAAACACAGUUCAUGGGGUUCCUUUUGAAAAUUGUUGCUAGAAUAGAUUGAUUUGUUCAAUAAACUGUAGUUUCAAGACGGAAAACGUAAAAUGUUCUAGCAAGCCCUCGGUGCAACCAUCAGGAAGUGGCUGGCUGAUGUUAACUUCUUUUAUCUCAGACUUUCUCUUGCAUCACCAUUAAACAUCUAGAGAGAGAAACAUGUUUUGCAUUUGAAAAGUUGAGAGGACUGCUUGAAUCGAAUCCUCAGGCACUUCAAAGUCCUCAAACUUUAAAAUCGUGCUUUGAUGAAAGUUACUCAAUGCCGCCAAUUCAAGGCAUUUUACAUUUUCUGUUAUAAAAUUACAGUCUUGUCUGCUCUUCUGGAUGUGGAUCACACCAGACCAGCCAGCUCGCCAACUGAGCUGCACUCAACAAGUUUCCAGUUGAUUCCGUAAAAACAGAGAGCAUCUGAAGUGGAGGAAACUUGUUUAUUAUUUCAGGUGUUAAGGUUGCAUGGAUCAUGUUUAGCUUUUCUAAUUUUUAUUUAUUUUUUUUUUUCAGUUUCAAAAAACACAAAGAUAAAAUCAACAAACAUGCAAAGAGCACUUAGUGCAUUGAAGACAGCUGAGAUGUUUGCCAGCUCCUCGCUGCGAGGAGAAAGUCUUUGAGUUUACCUCUAACAAAGAGAGGAUGGUCACAUUGUCACAACCUGAACUGGGGAUUAAAAUUUGUGUCUACAUUUUCUGAUCCACAGUUCAGCCUUUGAUGAUUAUGCCCCUUCUCAUUGAAGAGACUCAGUUGCCAUGAGUACUUCCCCAUCUGAAGUGCAAAAGUGCCUGACUAAGAAACUACAUGAACUGGUAUGGAAAGAUACCUCGACACUGUGCCCUUAAACUGUUUGUGUAUGGGGAAUUGUGGGGGGUUUGUGUUGAUUUGCACAAUUACUGUCAUUUUUUUUUCCUCUUCAUUUUUGCUUACUAUUCAAUAUGAAAUGAUGGCUGAUGAUUAUGUGUGUCCCAUCUCUGUCAGUAAAGUGAUUUUGUUAUAUUAUGGGGAGGUGUACUGGGUUUCGACCAGAAAUAAAUGUAAUGUUGCAUUAGAA